AUGUUAUCCACCGCCGCCCCGCGCGCGCGGUUCUCGCCGCCGGCGCCCGCCUCCCACCCGCCGUGGAAACGUGGCCGCUCUCCAUCAUCGGCUCCUGGAAGCAUGGCGUCGUGGCGCGCGUCCGCCGAGAACGCCGUGCCCCUCGACCACCGCCGCCGCUGGCACAACGCGGAGCGUGCCCCUGGUCGCGUCUGGCAGCAGUUCCGCGCGCCCCAGCCUGCCUUGCCCUCCUCCAGGCUUUGGGUUUGCUCGGAGGACGCCUCGACCUCCUCCUCCUCCGGAGAUGCCUGCACGAUCAUGUCAUACAACAUCUUGGCUGAUUACAAUGCUCAGAGUCAUCCUGACCUUUAUUUGGAUGUCCCCUGGGAUGCAAUGAGGUGGGAUUCAAGGGGGCGACUUAUUAUCUGUGAAAUUAGGCACUGGGAUCUUGACUUAGUGUGUCUUCAAGAGGUGGAUAGGUUUCAGGAUAUUGCUGCAGGAAUGAAGAGCAGAGGGUACGAAGGUAUAUAUCAGAGGCGAACUGGAGAUACUAGAGAUGGAUGUGCCAUGUUUUGGAAGUCAAAACGGUUACAUCUGCUUGAGGAAGAUAGUAUUGACUUUAGUGAAUUCAAUCUGCGAAAUAAUGUUGCUCAAAUAUGUGUUUUUGAGCUUAACGGAACACACAAAUUUGUACUCGGGAAUAUUCAUGUUUUGUUUAAUCCAAAGCGGGGUGAUAUAAAACUGGGCCAGAUUCGCAUGCUACUUGAGAAGGCAAAUGCUCUUGCUGAAAAAUGGGAUAAAAUUCCUAUCGUGCUUGCUGGUGAUUUCAACAGCACACCUGAUAGCGCUAUCUACAAGUUCUUGUCGACAAUGAAGCUGAACAUUUCUUUGCAUGAUAGAAGGCAGUUAUCUGGACUUGAUAGCUCGGAAUUUGGCCUGUAUGAGCUUUGUAGUCUGCUCAAGUAUCAAUGGACUGAUGAAGAAGUGAGAAAUGCGACAGGGUGUUCAAAUGUUGUGGUGGCUGAACAUCCAUUGAAGCUCAGUAGUUCAUAUGCCAUGUUGAAGGGAAAUUCAAACAAUAGGGGUCUUCAUGGUGAACCCUUGGCGACUUCCUACCACAAGAAGUUUCUUGGAACUGUUGAUUAUCUGUGGCGCACUCGUGGAAUUGAAUGCUCCAGAGUUUUGGACACGUUACCUAUAGGUGUUUUGAGGAGAACGAGGGGUCUUCCAACCAGGGAAAUUGGCAGUGAUCAUUUGCCCAUUGUUGCUGAAUUCGCUUUCCUGGAAUCAGUUGAUGAUGAUUCUGGUGAAGAAGAUGAAUCUGAGCAAGAUGACGAGUCUGAGAAAGAAGUGAGCAAAGCGCAGCACUUAUUUUUCUCCUCAGAUAGUUCCGUUGAAGGGACUGAGUGA